AUGUCGAGCCCUUUGAAGUCCCCCAUCAAGGACCGGUUCACUGAGCUGAGUGCUGCUGAUACCCGUCUCAUUCUCUACGCAAGCAUCUGCUUCAAUGGCACUAAGCUGGACACCGAGAAGCUCGCCCGCCUUGCUGACAUGAAGCCCGGCUCUGCUGGUAGCAACUAUUUGCGUGCCAAACGUCAUCUCGAGAAGAUUCUCGGCGAGGAAAGACCGGAUUCAUCCGCUUCCCCCACCAAGACCAAGAGUCGUGCACCUGCAAAUCGCAAUGCCGCCAGGAAGGCUCCUGAGGUCCCCCAGCUCGAGAACGCCGACGAGGCCGAAGCCAAAGACGACUCUGCUGAGACACUUCUGACCACCCGUGCUCCCAAGCGCUGCAAGACCGUUACCCCCGCCGACGAGUACUUUGAAGCUGAAGUGUCCAUUGUCAAAGAUGAGCCCACUGAUGAUUGA